AUGAGUGACCUCAAGAGACUACAAUCUGAGAUUGGUUUUUUGCUAGACCAGGAAGAUGCAAGAUGGAAACAAAGAGCCAAAGUUCAUUGGCUUACAAAAGGGGAUAGAAAUACAAAGUUCUACCAUGCAUGUGUCAACCAAAGAAGGAAAAAGAACAACAUAAAGCAGAUAGAGGAUGAGGAGGGGAGAGUGUUGAGUUCAAAGGAAGAGGUGGCAAUAGGGUUCUGGCUCCAUUUCAAACAGGUGUAUCAAUCAGCUAAUCCAUCUGAAAGAACCAUACAGCAAUGCUUGAGUGGUGUAAGACAUAGAAUUUCACAACAUAAGAGGGAGUAUAUGGACAGAGAGUUUACAUCAGAAGAAGUCCUGGUAGCCCUUAAACAAAUGUCCCCUUUCAAGUCACCAGGGCCAGAUGGGUUCAAUGCAGGUUUUUUUCAAGACCAUUGGGAUAUAGUGGGCUCUGAAGUGAUGCAGGCAGUACUGAAUUUUUUUAGAACAGCUGAAAUGCCUACAGGUCUAAACCAUACUCUUAUAGCCCUUAUUCCCAAGACAAGUACACCUAGAUCAGUAAAUGAAUACAGGCCCAUCGGCUUGUGUAAUGUGUGGUACAAAUUAAUUUCGAAAGUCUUGGCCAACAGGCUGAAAUCUGUGCUACAAGAUAUCAUUUCUUGGAACCAGAGUGCCUUUCUACCUGGUAGGCUGAUCACUGACAACAUAAUGGUUGCUUACGAACUCUUACACACCAUGCAAGCUAGGCAAAAAGGCAAAGAAGGCAGCAUGGCCAUCAAGCUAGACAUGUCUAAGGCUUAUGACAGGGUGGAGUGGGGUUUUCUUCAAUCAAUGCUAUCUAAAUUGGGUUUCAGUGACAAGUGGAGGAAGCUGAUUAUGGUGUGUGUGGAAACUGUUUCUUACUCAGUAGUGGUGAAUGGAACACCUGGAGCUGUAUUUCGGCCUACAAGAGGAUUAAGGCAAGGGGAUCCUCUUUCCCCUUACCUUUUCUUGCUUUGUGCAGAAGGACUAAGCUCUCUCUUAAAGAAUGCUGAAGUAAGGGGUCUCAUCAAAGGAGUAGCAGUUGCAAGGGGGGGCAAAAGAAUAAAUCACCUUCUGUUUGCUAAUGAUUGCGUGAUGUUCUGCAGAUCCAACUCAAAUACAAGGCCUGAGGCAAGAACAUGCAUCCUUCAACAAGCUGAGGGUGUAGUAUGUGGGAAUUACAACAAGUAUCUUGGAUUGCCUACCACGGUAGGAAGAUCUAAGUAUAACACAUUCAGGGGCCUGAAAGAAAAGAUAUGGAAAAGGAUUAACAGCUGGAAGACUACCUUUCUGUCUUCUGCAGGAAAGGAAGUCAUGAUCAAGAGUGUUUUACAAGCCAUACUUGCAUACACAAUGAGUGUAUUCAAGAUGCCAAGUGUACUUCUUAAAGAAAUAGAGUCUAUGAUUGCCAAAUUCUGGUGGAACCAUAGAAAGGAAGGUAGGGGUAUUUACUGGAAAAGCUGGAGCAAACUUGGAACAGCAAAGAAUAAGGGGGGGUUGGGCUUCCGAGACCUUAACUGCUUCAACAGAGCUCUCUUAGCUAAGCAAGGAUGGAGAAUUAUACAAGAACCUGCAUCACUGCUGGCUCAAGUUUUCAAAGAGAAAUACUUCAAGACAGGCAACCUAAUGGAGGCUCGAGUAGGCUACUGCCCAUCACAAAUAUGGAGGAGCUUAAUGUCAGUAAAGGAUCUGAUAAAGACAGGUCUAGUGUGGAGAGUUGGCAAUGGAAGAAGCAUUAAAAUAUGGAAAGACAAAUGGGUGUCUAUACCUUCUACAUUUAAAGUUCAAACACCAAACAAGAUACUGGACUAUAAUGCAACUGUCAGUGAGCUCAUUGAAGAUGAAAGCAAAACCUGGAAAAAAGAAUUGGUACAAGCAAUCUUCAGUCAAGAGGAAGCCAAGAGAAUUUGCAGCAUUCCUAUUAGUGUAAAAGGGAUGGAUGACAAAAUGAUAUGGGGACUAUCAGAAAAAGGGACAUUUACAGUAAAGAGUGCCUAUCAUGCAGACUUGGGGAUCAAGAACCAAAAUAUGGGAGAAACUUCUAGUGGAGAUCAAAGCAAAGGGCUGUGGGGGAGGCUGUGGAGAUUAACAAGCUCGAGCAAGGUGAAAAUAUUCCUAUGGAAGGCUCUCAAUGGCAUACUUCCCACGAGGAGUACUCUCUUCAAGAGAAAGGUUACUGACAACUCAACUUGCCCCAUAUGCAGCAGAGAAGAAGAAACUGACAUACAUGUGCUUUGGGACUGCCCUGCAGCAGUUGAUGUUUGGGGCGAGGACUGCAGUCCAGUCAGAAACUGGGGAAGGAGCUUUGGGGACUUCACGUCAUUAUGGUCUGAGCUCCAGUCUAAGUUAGAGGAAGGAGAACUCCACAUAGUAGCCGAGGUGUUUUAUGGCCUGUGGAGGAGAAGGAAUGCUAUGGUUUUCGAAGGGAAAUUCAAGGGGCCAUGCGUGUUGAUCCAACAGGCAGUGAGAGAUGCAGAGGCAGUUACAUCGGCUCAUGAAAAACAAAGAGAGGAUCAAACAAGGCCAGUAGAGACAGUGAGAACCGUAUGGAAACCUCCAAGCCAAGACUUUCUGAAGGUGAAUGUAGACGCAGCAGUGGAUUCUAAAAGAGGAAAGGUGGGAAUUGGCGUAGUAGUGAGGGACUUCAGAGGAGAGUUGGAGGGUGAUGCAAAAGUGGUAGUGGAAGCAAUCAACUCCAGACCUUUUAACUCAUCUUGGGAUGGACAGGUGAUAAAGGACAUCAAGGCAGCGAUGCAGGAUCAACCUGGUUGGUCUGUAGCUUUUGUAAGGAGAGAGGGCAAUGGUGCAGCACACGCAGCUGCUAGGUUGGCUCUAUCCUUAGAUACUGAAGGUGUGUGGGUGGAGGAGGUGCUCUCCUCUAAAGAGCUUGUUUUCCCGGUGAGUAACAAAGAGGUUUGUUAUAAGUGGUGUCCAGAGACACGUCCUAUGAAGAAGAUGGCUGAAGGAACUAGACUAAAAGACCUACAAGAAGGGCUCAAUGCCCUAAAAAAGGUUGCAGAUGCUCAAUACUAA